UUGGCAACUAAUAAAUAGUCGUUUAGAGCUUUCAUAAUUUUCAUAAUUAAAAGAUUGUUGAUAUCAGGAUAUCUAAAAUAAAUAUGCUCAAGACACACGUCACCAUAACAAAUACCAGUUAUUCUUGAUCAUAAGCAACCGUGUAAAAAGAGCGACUCGACUCUGAAAAGAAUGUCUUCUAUAUCGGCACAAGGUGUUGUUGAAAGGGCGAGUGCUGAAUUAACCAAAAGAAUCAACGGUUUGGGUCUGCGCGCAUCCAAGCACCAUGGCGGGGGGAAGACCAGUGUCAUGGAACGUGUCACAAACGUAUUUUGCGGAGGCGGAGGAGGCACAAAUACAAACUUACAAACGUCGAACGUGAAUGCCACCCCUGAUAAACCGAGCAGAGGUGGACCUAUUCCUGGUGGCACACCCGCCAGUGGCAAUAUCAAGGGUUUGAAUAAUGGGACGACAAAUCGUGGCCGCACGCUUCGAAAUAGGGCAAAAAACGUACCACUGGCCAGUGGCUGUACAGGAGGACACGCAACUCCAGCUACUUGGGAACAGCUAAUCCAGGAUGACCAUUUCCUAGGUCACUUCUUUUUGUAUUUCACCGCCGGUGAAAGAAGGGUUUUGGCACAGGUUUGUUCGAGAUGGAGGGACGUUCUUUACGCCAGACCAAGGCUUUGGGCCGGGUUAGUUCCAGUAGUACGAUGUCGAGAGGCCCGAGUUAUGGCUUCUAGUUCACGAACUCGUCUUUACGCAUCUUUAGUAAGAAGAGGAUUUCAUUCUUUAGUUUUGUUGGGUGCAGCCGACGAAGACGCCUUGGAACUAACGCAUAGCUUUCCUCUGGCACAAAGGCACGUGCACUCCUUGUCAUUAAGGUGCUGCGCUGUGACUGAUAGAGGUUUGGAAGCCAUGCUGGAUCAUUUGCAGGCCUUGUUCGAACUUGAAUUAGCUGGCUGCAACGAGAUAACAGAAGCUGGUCUUUGGGCUUGUCUAACCCCAAGAAUAGUUUCACUAUCGUUAUCAGAUUGCAUUAAUGUUGCGGAUGAAGCUGUCGGUGCCGUAGCUCAGCUUUUACCAAGCCUCUAUGAGUUUUCUCUUCAAGCUUAUCACGUAACUGAUGCUGCGCUUGGAUAUUUCAGUCCAAAACAAAGCGGAUCACUGAGCAUACUCAGACUUCAGUCUUGUUGGGAGCUGACGAAUCACGGCGUUGUUAAUAUUGUACAUUCCUUGCCCAACCUCACUGUACUUUCGCUGUCUGGAUGCAGCAAAGUUACGGACGAUGGCGUUGAAUUAAUAGCUGAGAAUUUACCCAGGCUUCGUUCGCUGGAUCUAAGUUGGUGUCCUAGGAUAACUGACGCGUCUCUGGAGUGCAUCGCGUGCGAUUUGAAUCACUUGGAAGAGCUUACGUUGGAUAGAUGCGUUAAUGUUACGGAUAUUGGCGUUGGUUACAUUUCUACGAUGGGUUCAUUGAGUGCACUCUUUUUAAGAUGGUGUUUGCAGUUAAGAGAUUUUGGACUCCAGCAUCUAUGCAGCAUGCGAUCUUUACAAGUGCUUUCUGUUGCAGGUUGUCCACUCUUGACCAGCAGUGGCCUAUCGAGCUUGAUACAAUUGCGGCACCUCCAUGAACUAGAACUAACUAACUGCCCCGGAACAUCACGCGAGCUAUUCGAUUAUCUACGAGAGCACCUCCCACAUUGCCUGAUCAUUGAAUAAAAGCUUGAUGCCGAAUAUGUUCGCACCGACGGCAAAUUAGAGGUAAAGGCAAGGUAAAAUUGAAACGUUUACACCGAAGGUGAAACACAGGUAGAGGUAAGAUCUACGAAUCAGGACACCUAUUGAAAGAGAAAUUAAAAAUCAGGCAUUGUAAGACAUUUCUGUUGGAAUCUUCGCAUCCUGUUACUGAGUCAUUUCCAAAGUCUUUGCAGCUUAUUGUGAGAAUCUCGUAUUUACGAAAGCCAGUUUCUAGCAGCAUACCGUUUUAAUUAACCUCAGAGAGAUAAAUUAGUUUUUCACUCGUUUCAUUGUACGUUGAAAAAUGGGCAAAAAAAUAUGAUCCAACCGAAGCGAUAAAAUUUCAAAGAGAGGUCCGCGAUUGGUUUACAAACGAGAUACCAGCAUCACUCUUGUCACCUUAUUCAUCUGUAAUUCGUGUGAGCAAUCGUGAGCCGGUUUUGUUAUUCAGAUUCACAAUUUAUUUAAGUGGGCAGCUAUUACUUUUUGUGAAUAUGGAUUUCGAUCUGACCUCAGCGUGUUUAUUGUAAUUCAGAGUCCACGUUGAACAAUAUUGCAUGCUCAAAUGUGCUACAAUCUCAUUUUCACAUUAUAGACUUGAGUCAAUUUAUCUUACUAUAAUUUUCUCUAGCAGCGCUUGAAAAAGAAACAUAAUCAUUUAAUUGAAAUGAAAUCAAUUGUACACGUAACAUAAUUUUUUGGUGGUACCUCAUUAGACAGAGUACGUUAUGCGUUGAAAAAAAUAAAUGCCAAUGAAAUUAGCAUACGCUUUUACUCAGUACGCACAUGAAAAUACUAAUUGCCCAGAACACAUAGUAAUUCCGUGUAUUUCACUUUCUUGCCUGUAUUCUGUGUCUCUGUAAUUGGCAUUGUGGCGAAAAGUGAUUAAACAUACGAUACUUGCAUUUUUACAUGGCUGCCCCUUGAAUAUGAGCUAUCGAAAGUAUUUGGUUUGCCCGACUUUCUCUACAAACGUUUCAUCUGCGGUAUAAUCGUAGUCGUUGUAUAUAUUAAAUCCAGAAAUGGAAAAUUAAUUGCAAUGACUUAAUUUGAAUAAUAAUUUGGUCAUAAUAUAAGUAAUUCUGAAUGUCGCAUGUAGGCAUGACACUCUACUUAUGCGAACAUAUUUAAAAAUGUCGGCUACCAUAAGGGGAGACAGUAUUUGACUUAAGACUUUUUUCAAAGCAAUACAUAAGCAUUUAUGAAGAUAAAGAAUGUCAACAAAAAAUAUCUGAUAACAUACUCAAGCGACAAAAAAUCUUACUGAUGCAAAUAAGAAUUUAAGUCAAUCGUCAUUUUUCGUUUAGCUUGCAUAGAGACAAUAGUUAUCAUUACUUACAGUUGCUUAACAAUAAAUGAGUAAUUGAUUGACUUCUUUAAAUUCCUGAAAGUAUUGCAAAGAUAUCCUAACACCUAUUAAUACACUAACGGAUUCAUAUUGGUACGAAACAAUUUUUACUGAUAUUUCGUUGUUGCACGUAGUCUUUCAUGUGAAAAGUAAAAUGUCGAAUAAUUGUUCGUUAUUAAUUAUAAAUUAUUCUGUAAUUACUUUUUAUACAAAAAAAAAGGAACCUACUUUAUUUGUGACUGUAUACCUUUUAAUUGUACGAGUUUUUCCUGGUAUGAUUAAAAUCUGUGCUUGAGGACAUGGGUCAGCCAUCGUCACUCGACUUAUCCACGUGAGAAACACAAAGAUCACGUAUUUUCAAAACGAAAUUUAUACACAGCUAAAUUUCCCCAAGUAGAUCAUUAACGAAAACGAUCGUAUAAUAUCUUCCGAGACGAAACGCCUAAACUUAAGGUGGUAUUCUAGUCUAGAACUUUGAAAAAAUCGAUUUUUUCCCAUGAUCUGAUACUAUGAAUUAUGGAGAAUAAGUGGGUGAAGGAUUUUUUCAAAAUUCGGCAAAUUGGUGACGUUAUACCAACUCUAAGCACCGCACUUCACGAUAGGAACGCAGAUGCGUGCUUCUUCUCAGUCUUCAAUCUUGAAUCUUGGUACGAGUCCACUUAGUUUGUCCUUUGGGUAUUUCAAAUCUUAGUUUGGUCUCAGAUAACCCAUGUCCUCAAAAUUUGCGACUCGGGAUAAUAAUUUGAAAAUAUUCUGUAUAAUAAAAAUUGAUAAUUAUUAAAUUUAUUCAAUUAUUAAAACAAUAAAUUUAAUGUUGAUUGUGGUUUUAGUUUAAUCAAUUGGGAUGUGCUCAGUCAAUAGUGAUAGUAAGGCAACAGAUAAUACUCAGAAACUGUGGAGAUUUUUUUUUAUUUAUAAUUAUAUACCUAUAUAAGUAUAUUGACAUAUAAUUUUAUGCUAUGUUAUUACAACUUAUACAUUGUAAAACAAUUGGUAAACCGUAUUUGUAAAAUUAUUUAUUUUGACAAACUUACUCUACUCCAAGUCUUCUGUCGUAUUGGCAUGUUAUGUACGCACCAAGUUAGGUAAAUACUAAAUGAACUGCUAUUACAACAGUAAUUAUAAUAAGUGAAUAAUUUUACUGGAUGGCUUAUUUGGAGUAAAUGGAAAUUUUGUGACAACGUAAGAAGCGAAUGACAGUUAGCUGCUGGGAAAGUAAUAGUAUUUGAAUAUUGAAAAUAUUUUACGCGUGAAAAUAUACAUUUAAGAUAACAAAGAACGUAAUAAUUGUAAAUACCGAAGAGAAAAGGAAAUUAAUUAAAUUUGCAAUUUCGUUAUGAUUCUAAAACGAAACCGAUGUGUGUUGUGUUACUUCGUGAUGUUUUGCUGAUGAAAUAAUUUGUCGUACGGAUAAUAAAGAAGAUGCUAAGAAUAGUAGAACGAGAUAUUAGGUAAAAUAAAAGUAUUGUACAAAUUGCCUCGUCUCAUGGUAUACAAACCCUCAUUUUAUAUCACAAUUAUGAAUCGUCCAUCCUAUACAUUCCUCUUUGAACUUUCAACUAUUUUCCCACCAAGAGAGAAGUCCAAGGCCUGGCUCAUCUAUGGCAGCCUGUAAUGAUCGAAUUUAUGCAUGUUAAUGUCUUUCUUCAGGAAAAAAGUUUUAGGAUCGUGAUUCAACGAAAAUAACUUCUUAUAAAACUUCCGGUAUUGUAUAGUACUUUUUAGGUCAAUGUGCGAAAAAAAUUACAUAUAUAUGACAGAUUAAUAAACCAUAAGCUGAAUUAUUUCAGGUUAUUUGAUUAAGAUUAUUUCCACAAGAGACAUUAUCGUGUAUUAAUUGUGAAUUCAAGGUGAACGAUGUUUCUUUAAAACCGUGUAAAAUCAUACAGAAAUCACACGACUCAUUUAAGUACGUUUUUGUGGAAAUACUUUGAUAAAUGCACGGUUAGUCUAAUUCUAGCACAGUUUUAUGAAGAAAAAAAUCGCAGUAUCAUAAAAAAUUGCAGGGUACUUCUGACUCUCGAUAACUUCUUCCUCGAUAAUUUUCCGCUUAUCGUUAAACUGCCUUCUCUAUGAACGGGCUCCACGUAUAGAAAUAAAUUUAUCUAGAGACUGAGGAAAAACUAAUACCAAGGCUAAAAAUUUUGUGUUUUUGUGAAAAUCUAUUUCUUAUAGUAUUCGACAUUUUUUGAACUCAAAAUAUAGAAGUAAUGAAUAACGUGAAGAAAGUAUCAUCCAUUUUAGGUUUAUUAAGUUUUUCCUAUUAAAACUUCCAUUUUAUGGAACUUUUUUCUGAUGAAUUUCGAUUCAUUUCUGAAGCAUUUCUUUUUGCGUGAAAAUCCUGUCCGUUUGGUCCCAUUUUCUCGCCAUCAUUCGGGUUUCCCCAAAUGCAUUGCCUGCACCGCGGUUACAGUAGACUAAUCAGGAUGAAAAUAGCCUUCGUAAUAUUGUCCCCUUCUAAGUAGACCGAGAAUAAGAAGUUAUGGAAAGUUUACUGUACGGAAAAAAGUCUGCGCAGAUUUUCCUUUUCCGGCAUAGUUGUGACGAAAUCGCCCAUGGCCAGAUAAUUAGAUGGUUCCUACCAGUUCUUGUAUGACCAGCAAUUUUUUACGUAACGACAGGUGUGAUUUGACUCAUUUAUUUAAACAAAAUAUACGUACGCUGAGAGUGUAUGGCGAAGUUAAAUUCACUUCAGAUUUUUCAACAGUUUCGGUGCUAACAGACGGACCAACGGGUGAUGUUUCAAUAAAAGUUUCAUUCACGAUUCUAAACCGUAUACUUUCACCUGAAAAAAUCAAUAGAGGUAUUAUUUGUACUUUGUAUUUCGAUAAUAAAUCAUAAAUAUUCCACGUAAAGUUGCACUUAUGAUAUAUAUAGCGUGCUCUACGGGGAUAUUUUUACGUAAAUAAAGUAUGUUUCAUUCUACCUAUAAAUAAGUACAGGUACUCUUAAAAUGUACCUAGGUACAAGUAGAAGGUACUUGCUAAGGAAUGUACCUAGGUAUAAAAAAGAUACUUGUUCCUAGAUACUUUACAACACUCUCGAUAUUCCAGUGUUCUUGGAACAUAUCAUUUUCCUCAGAGCUAUGAUUAGAGCGGAAAAUCGAUAUCAAAAAGGUGAAACUGAUUCAUAAAAUUUUUCUGUGUACGUUUUAAUAGCAUCGAUCAUAUUACUUCAGUAACCACUGAGGGAAGAUCGUUGAGUAAGGAUCACACUGACAAGGGUAGAUUAUACUAGACCUUAAUGGAUUGACGUAAAUCUUACCAGCAUCCAUAAAUAAGUCAUGCUUAUCUCCAUCUCCAGUAUCAUAUUCCCAAACCCAUGCUUGCUCAGUUUGGUCAAAUCUUGAAGGAUGUUGUAGCUUAUGAGGAGGGAUAAUUAUGUCUUCAAAAAAUCCCAAAGUGACUAAAUAAUAAAAAUAUUUGUAUAACAAUAUAUUAAUAGAAUUCAUGUUGCACAGCGUGAAAAAAAAUGGAUGUAAUUUGCUGUGACAUUUUACUACUAGAUCUAUUGGUUUCAUUGUAGCAUGAGGGCGAAUAAUUUUUCAUUGAUACAGCGUCAAAAAAUCGUAGAAACAUUAGAGAAUGAAUAUAAAAAAAAAUACUGUUUCUGUCUGGAAAUAUGGUUUAAAAUACUUCUAGGACUUAUAAUGGAACUCUCUCUUCAUUUCACAAUUCUUUGAAUCUAAUUAAUAAUGCCCAACUGUUCACAGUUUUGCGAGGACCUUCCAUGUUUUGAAUAUACAAAAUUACAAGUUCUAAUUUUAAUUUACUCAACUAUAGGAUUAUAAGCUGAUAGUAUUAGUUGUUUCGAGCAUAUCGUGAAAGGCUUGCCACGAGAAAAUGUAAACACUCCAAUGGGAGCACCAAGCGUAGAUUUAGUCAUAAUACCUUCCUUGAAAUAUUGAAAAUGAAGAAGUACAGCAAGCAUAAUUAUAGAAUGGAAUCACGAUCACGUCGAGAACAUGUCAAAAACAACAAAUCGUAAUCAAAUCUUGCCAGGAAAACGAUAGAUAAUAAAGAGACUAGGUAAAUCAUGUAUGUUGUGCAAAGAAAAAUUAUUUAUUUAUUUGACGGAGACUAAGGUCUCCUACAAAAUUGCUCAUGAAUUAUACAUCGGCUCAGCAGUGUAAAAGUAAAAAGACAUAUAGGUCAUGGUUCUGGUUUGCUAGGGAAGUAAUUUCAUGAAUUAAUGGAGGAUCAGCCUGAAUCGAGACAUAAGAUAAAUGUUGUGUUACACCUGCAGUUGCAUAUUAAGUAUAAUAUGUGCAGUACGGUACAGCAGAAAAAAAAAAUUAUGGAAAUACUUUAUGUCAACACCCUUACAAAAAGUUUGGUUUUCGACGCAUGUUUAACGUGUAGAAAGUCGUUAAUUUUUAAGUUGUACAGGAAUAAUAUUUGUGUUAUAAGUGUGGGAUUGGGCGAUUUUCAAUGAGUCGGAAGGUUGCAAACCGGAUUUAGUAGUAAAAAUUAUCUUGGCAGUGAUGUACUGCAAGACUUCUUAGUUUGAUUACCAUCUUCCAUUUCAAUAUCGCAAGUUGAUUU